CUCUGGCUCCGGUCCCACCCCCUUCCCUAAGCCUCACCGGCUCUGGCCUCACCGGCUCUGGCUCUGGUCCCGCCCCCUUCCCUGAGCCUCACCGGCUCCGGCCCCGCCCCCUUCCGCUGGCUUCACCGGCCCCGACCUCGCUUACUUCCGCUGGCCUCACCGACCCUUCCCAUUCCCCAGGAUGAAGUAAGAGAAGGCCCGAUCACAUGAUCAGGUAGGCCUGUGAGUGGACGGUGGAGGGAUGUGGGGAGGACUUAUAUUAAUGUAGCGACAUUGAGGACGUCUGAAAGCGCUUUUCAGCUAUUGAGAGAUGCAGUCCGUUCAAGAACCAGAGCCGAAAGGAGUGUUUGAAUGCCGUUUGUGUGGACUCAGAGCUCCGUACAGCUACCAUGGACAGAAACCACCAAAUACAUGCUCUGUUGUACUGUUAGAGGAGUGCUACACCAUGAAUGAUCCAUUCACCCCUCAAAAGGACACGUUUCUCAUCCUUGGUUCUCACUGUCGUCUGUGCAACAGUGCUGUGUGCGUUGGGCAGGAUUGUAGUCUUUUCUAUACAAAGCGAUUCUGCAUUCCCUGUGUGAAGGAGCACAUAGAUAAAUUCCCUGAAGAGAUUCAGUUGGACCUGCAGAAGAAAAAGCAGCAACAAAGCCCCCCCAGGUGAACACAGCACAAAGUCAGCUUGAAGGAGAAAAUGUGGGGGUCAAACAUUCACAAUGACCUGGACACUCGAAAGAGGAUUUUUUUCCCCCAGAAGUGAAGUAAAAGUUUAUUUACAAUUGCAUUCUCUGCCAUUUCAUUUGGAAACACUUGCUGUAAAACAAGAAGUUCAGUAAAUUUACCCCAUUUAAGAAGCAAAAUAUUGGCUUCGUCUGCAGACAUCCUGUUUUAAAUGGUUUGUAGGAAAGCACAUUGAAAAAAUGACGCAGUCUUAAGAACAAAAAUAAACAUUUUUAAUUGGUUGUAA